GAAAGAAAGAGAGAGAGAGAGAGGGUGAGAUGGAAACGUAGUUGUUGAUAUGAAGAAAAAUAAAAAGCUCAUAUUCUAAUAUUGUUGAUUAUUGUUCGUGUUUUCAUCUCUCUCUCACUUUCUCUGAUAUUUACAUGAUGGAAGAGGAAGCAAGUCGCCGAGAGUGUGAGGCUUAUGUUCAGCGACAUAAUAUCCAAGGAAUUCUGAAAGAAUGUAUCGUUAGUUUAUGUGUAUCUCGUCCAGAGAAUCCAAUUAAAUUUCUCCGAGAAUAUUUCCAAAAAUUGGAAAAGGAGGAAUCAAUUCUUCACCGUCAACAGCAGCAACAGAAUAAAGCACCAAUCUCACCUCCCGGUGAUGAAAGGGAAGACGAUGUAUCCCCAGUCCCAACAAUUGCUCAAAGGACUCGACGUGGUGCUGUAAGCGCUGAAACAUAUUCUGAAGAAGAUGCUACAACUUAUGUUAAAAAGGUUGUUCCCAAAGACUACAAAACAAUGGCUGCUCUCUCAAAAGCCAUUGAAAAGAAUGUACUUUUUAAGCAUCUGGAUGAAGGAGAGAGAAGCGAAAUAUUUGAUGCGAUGUUUCCUGUUGUUCAUAAACAAGAUGAAAUCAUAAUUAAACAAGGAGAUGAAGGAGACAAUUUUUAUAUCAUUGAUGAGGGUGAAGUCGAGGUAUUUGUCAACAAUAACCUAGUAAUAACCAUCAUUGAAGGCGGAAGCUUUGGUGAAUUAGCUCUUAUCUAUGGAACACCAAGAGCAGCUACAGUCAGAGCCAAAGUAGAUUGUAAAUUAUGGGCCAUUGAUAGAGACACAUAUCGACGUAUCCUUAUGGGAAGUACUAUUAGAAAGAGGAAAUUGUACGAAGAAUUCUUGAACAAGAUUUCCCUGUUUGAGAGUCUUGAUAAAUGGGAAAAAUUGACCAUAGCUGAUGCUCUGCAACCAGUAAUUUAUACUGACGGUGAAGUUAUCGUUGAACAAGGUCAACCUGGAGAUGAUUUCUACAUUAUUGAAGAUGGUACAGCGAUUGUGUACCAACGUCGAGUAGACAAUGAACCCCAAACCGAAGUGAGUAGGCUUGGACCAGGAAAGUAUUUCGGUGAGAUCGCUUUACUUUUGGAUCGACCUCGAGCUGCUACCGUAGUUGCCAGUGGACCACUAAAAUGUGUCAAACUUGAUCGAGCUCGAUUCGAAAGGCUCCUUGGACCUUGUUCGGAUAUUCUCAAACGCAAUAUGGAACAUUAUAAUUCACUGAUUUCAUUAUCUGUUUGAAGAUGAUUGUGUUUUUUUCUGAAAAGUUUUAUUUUGAAGGAGUUUUAUUGUAUUAUUACAAAUUGUUAAAUUGCUCCUUGGGAUGUCAAGAAUUAAGUUUCACUCCUUUAAUCCUGUGUUAUCUUCAUCUCCCUCCUUCCCUCUCUCUCUCUCUCUCUCUCUCUUUACUUACUAUGUUAGGUCUUCAUCGACAUCAUCACCACCAUCAUCAUUAACAUGUAUCAUCAGUAUCUCACCAAUUCACUGAUUUCUCUUUUCUUCUUUGUCCUCUAAACUAUUGACGUUACAAUGGGACAGAGAUUAACUCUGAAUACAUGUAAUAUCUUCUUGUCAUCUUCUUCCACUUUUCUUCUUCUACUUUCUCUUCAUUUUCUCUUUUCAACACUUUUUGCACACCAACAUCAAGCAAACAUAAAUUGUUACUUCACUAGUCUUAUGUUUUUCCUUCUAUCUCUCUGGGAUCAUCAUCAACCAUUAAUAUUGUCCUGAUUCAAACAAACACCCAAAUAAAUACAAAAAAAAUUACAAACAACCAAAAA